AUGGCGAAUGUUUUAAUGAAUUCGGACCGCGGUUUGGAUUCGUUAAACCCGGGUGCUGCUCUUCGUCUAUCCCAAGAAGCUUCCGUUUUCUUGAAGAAAUAUCAUUAUCCGCUGCCUACUUUUCCCUUAUCAUUGGCCUCUGCUUCAGAGAAUCCGGACAAAUGGGGCACUUGCGAGCAGCUAUUCCUUGCCUGUCUGCGUACCGGUGAUGACAAAUCUGCGCAUCUUUGCUUGGAUCGUCUGACUGAACGUUUUGGUCCUUCCAAUGAGAAGAUCAUGGGAUUAAGAGGUCUCUAUCAGGAAGCUACUGCAAAGGAUGUGGCUUCUUUGGAGAAAGUACUCUCAGAAUAUGAAACUAUUCUAUCAGAAAAUCCAGUGAAUGUGCCUGUCCUGAAACGUCGAGUCGCCAUUCUGCGCUCAAUGUCUAGAGAAGAGGAUGCCAUCUCUGCAUUGGUGGAGUUUCUUGAGGCCUUCCCAACAGAUGCAGAAGCCUGGUGUGAACUUGCAGACUUGUACCAGUCUCAGGGCAUGACCUCACAAGCGAUAUUUAGCCUUGAGGAAGCGCUUCUUAUAACGCCCAAUUCCUGGAAUCUGCAUGCGCGUCUUGGGGAGCUGUUUUACAUCUCUGCGAUUGCGUCGGAUUCUAAGGCAGUUUUGCCGGGCCUCCUUGCCAUGUCUAUACAGUACUUUUGCAGGAGUAUUGAAUUGUGUGACGAUUAUUUGAGAGGUUUAUAUGGAUUGAUACUGGCCUCCUCGUUCCUCAUCGAGCAUUUGACUGUCCAACCUUUAUCUGCAAACUAUUCAACCAAUGCAGAGAGUGUGCCAUCGAAGGAAGUGGUCGAGAAGCUGAACGAUAUGGCGAAACAAAGGCUGCGCAAGCUUGUAGAGUCCGAAUUUGGGGUUCCCGAAGACGACGCAGAGAAGCAAGCAGAGCUCAUCGCAGCACAAGAACUGCUCCAUCGAGAGAAAUAA